AUGGGUGAGGCCAAAAUCAUCAUCGAUCGAUACCCUUGGAUCUCACCAGAAGAAUACCAUCAACAGCGUCAAGAGUUAGUGCAGGAAGAGGCCAGCCUCGCUUUCGGGGCCGAUAUCGUUCUCAGCGAUAAAGAAAGGAUCGUCAACGAUCACCUCAUGUCCCUGAAGCAUGCCGAACUUGCCGACGGCUUCGAAAAUCCCUUCAAGUUCGCUCCGGCUCGCCACAUUUUCGAGGUGCUCGAUAUGAUCGAGAAUUCGCCCUUGUUCAAGCUGAUCCGCCAGAUGCCCAAAGGAGGCUUGCUGCAUGCACACGCUACAUCGCUGGCCAACACGGAGGUGAUUGUACGGGCCACCUAUCAGGAGCACCUCUGGCAACGUGGUGAAUUUACUCCCGAAAGGGGGCUUGAUUUUCGCUUCUCCCGUACAGUCCCCGACGGGGAAGGCUGGGAACUGGUACAGGAUAUUCGAAAACGAGUUGGUGACGCUCAGUACGAUGAUGCCGUUCGGCAGAAAUUUUCGCUGUACGAUAAAGACCCGCUGAAUUAUUACAAAACCAGUGACGACGUUUGGUCUAGGUUCUACGGCAUCUUUCACGCAUUCAAAUCGAUGGUUAAUUUUAAACCGUUCUGGGAAAGCUACUUCCGUGAGGUGUUGCAGGAGCUUCAUCAUGAUAACGUGAUGUACCUAGAGAUGCGAUCUGGAUUACCGGCGCUCUAUGAUCUGGAAGGAAAAACCUACUCACCAGAAGAGGUAGCCGAAAUCUACAUCAACAUUACGGAGGAAUUCAAAGCGACACAUCGCAGCUUUGCCGGUACCAAGCUCAUCUAUGGUCCCCGUCGCUCAGUCGACGAUGAAACGUUGGAAGAACGAAUAGAUACCGUCGAACGGGUGAAUCACCAGUACAGCAACUAUGUGGUGGGGUUCGAUCUAACCGGUCAGGAGGAACCAGGUCGACCACUGCUCGAAAUGGCCGAUAAACUGCUCACCCUGUCCCCGUCCGUCCACUUCGUGUUCCACGCAGGAGAAACAAACUGGAACGGCAUGGAAACGGAUGAAAAUUUGAUUGAUGCAAUUCUGCUCGGUUCGAAGCGAAUCGGACACGGCUAUGCACUCCUGAAGCACCCGCUGUUACUGGAGGAAGUUAAACGGCGCGGGAUCUGCGUCGAAAUCAAUCCCAUUUCCAAUCAAGUGCUCCGUCUGGUCACCGACUUCCGGAACCAUCCGGCCAGUGUGCUCUUUUCUACCGACUUCCCGCUGGUACUAUCCUCCGACGAUCCAGCGUACUGGGGGGCCACACCACUGAGCCACGACUUUUACAUCGCCUUUCUGGGAAUGGCUUCCGCGCACCAGGACUUGCGGCUGCUGAAGAAGCUCGCCCUUAACUCGCUGCACUACUCACUGAUGGACGACCAAGAGAAGCAGACUGCCAUGGUACGGUUCGAAUCGUCGUGGCAAAACUUUAUCGAUCGUACCGUCCAACAGCUAUUGGCCCAAUAA